AUGAAUCUCCACCAAAAUUUCGGCCUUGAUGCUCAACAUCGACGCGCCCAUCCCUACAUACCCCCCGAUUGCGCCGAAUUUCUGUCGCGCGAGCCCAAAUAUACCUUCCUCGCCGAAUAUUUCAUACUCUUGCCCAAUAUGACGGGUCGUGGUGGCGGCGGACGCCGCGUUUUGCUUCCUCCCAUUAACAUGAUUUUCAAGCUUCUUCAGACCAACUCUACCGUUAGCGUUUGGCUCUAUGAACAGCUCGGCAUCCGUAUCGAGGGCAAGAUCCGAGGUUUCGAUGAGUUCAUGAACCUCGUUCUCGACGACGCCGUCGAGGUCCGCCAGAUUACCAAGACCAACGACAAGGAGUCAAGGAGACCGCUGGGACAAAUCCUUCUCAAGGGCGACAACGUCUCUCUGAUUCAAAACUUAUCAGAAUAA